AUGGCAGGAAGACUCCUCAACAAAGUCGCAGUAGUAACAGGCUCCUCCUCCGGCCUGGGCCGCGCCAUAUCCCUCCUGUACGCCAAAGAAGGCGCCUCAGUCAUCUGCUCUGACCUAAAGCCAUCCGCAAACUCCCUCGUUCCCAGCGAAUCAGAUUUCUCCACCCACGAACUAAUCCAAAAGACGGGUGGGAAAUCCAUCUUCGUCAGAGCAGAUGUGUCGAAAGCAGCGGACGUGUCUGGGCUUAUCGCUAAUGCGGUGGAGGCGUUUGGGAGAUUGGAUAUAAUGGUGAAUAAUGCAGGUGUAUCGCUCGAGGCCAAGGACCCGCAACCUAUACACCUGACGUCCGAAUCAACGUGGGAUAUCACGCUCGCCGUGAACGCGAAAUCUGUAUUCCUAGGUUGUAAAUACGCUACGGCUCAGAUGCUGAAACAGCCUCCUCAUGAGUCGGGUGAUAGGGGUUGGAUUGUGAAUAUGUCUUCUAUAAAGGGACUUGUAGGUGGGCCGGAGAACUGUAAGUCUGAUUCCGAGGACUUGGGCUUUAGCUUAGGAAGAGAGAGAAAGCUGAUGAUCAAAGCGAGCUACUGUGCUUCAAAAGGAGCCGUGACUAGUCUGACGAGACAGGUUGCUUGGGAUUACGCUAAACAUCGAAUUCACGUGAACGCAAUAUGUCCCGGCUGUAUAUUCCCCUUGUUCUUUUUCUGUACCAUCAAGAGCAGCAAACUGAUUUCGGUGACGGCGAUUUUCGAGGAGACCACUACGCAUAUGACUCCGCUUGAGGUGCUGGAGGAACGGCAUCCGUUCGGGGGACCGGGUGUACCGAAUGAUAUUGCGAAGAUGGCGGUUGUGCUUGCGAGUGAUGAUGCGAGUUGGGUGACGGGUGUCAAUUUGCCUGUUGAUGGCGGGUAUACUGCUCGUUAA